AACAUCUUUUUGAUGAUCUGCUUCAUUUUUCAUCCUCUUCAUGAAAAUCCCUCCACAUGGGGAAGAGUAACCAUGAUUUUAAUCCCUUCUUAUUUCCUUCUACAUCCUGUCCUCCUCCUUUAUCAUUAUCAUUCUCCUCAUCCUCCUCAUCAUCAUUCUUUUCUUCCUCAUCUUCUCCAAGUCUAAAUUCUCCUUUCCAAUAUUCUUCUCCAAAUCUUUCUCUAGCACCUUCCCAAUCUUCAAAUUUUCUCCCGCCUUAUGCGGCUGUUGUCCGUGGCCCUUGCUCUGCCUGCAAAAUCGUUCUUCAGAAUUGCACCGAGAAGUGCUGUUUAGCUACUGAUAAACUCCUGCAGACUGGGUUGCUCUUUGACACUACUGAAGGUGACCAGACAUCGGCAGAUGAUGGGGUAUCAUCAAAAGCUGAUGACAGACGAUCCGAAAGUGAGAGAGCAGAAUUGCUAUUGGAGCUCCAAAGCAUAAAGACAGAAAAUCAAAAGCUAAGAUACAUGUUGAAUCAAGUAAUCAACAAUUACAAUGAGAUCCAACGUCAUCUUAUAGCUUUAAUGUCGGAGCAGCCGCAGCAAACAGAUACAGCUAUAGCCUAAGUUACACGACAACAGCAACUCCUCGAAUUCAACGGGAUUCACACACCUGGCGAAAGAAUGCGACAUAUCAUGAUACAAUAUAUAUAUGGCGAUACAAGGUUUUUAAAAAAAAAAUUAAAACGUAAUAUAUAUAGUUUUAUUUGUCGUAUGCGAUACAUAUAUAAUUUUUAUUUUAAAAACUAUAAUAUUAAUUUAUUUAAUAAAUUAAUAUAAUAUACUAUUAUUAAAGAUAUGUAAUUAUUUUAUGAAUAUUUUUUUAUAAUAAAAACUCAUGUAUUGUCCAUAUAUUUUGUUGAAAAAAUAUCAACUAUUUUCAUUGAUUCCAACGGACAGCUCCUUACAACAAACAAAUGUAAUUGCCUCUGCUGAUGUGUAACACUCCUAUAGGCUAGAAAUGUAACAAGCUAUGAAUCAAUUUUCUAAGUAAAAGAUACAGUAUAUCGAACUACAUGGAAUCAAUUUUCUAAGGGCCACAUGUGAGCUUUGUGGCCCUUUGAUCAAUAACUUCCAUGCUUUAAAUCUUCAUAGUGAUAAUACCCCUUCUUAAGCUAGCGCAUACAAGUCUUGGAGGCCCAGCUUGGAGUGGAGAAGUAAAAAGAGAAGAGGCCAAUUUCGUGGUCAUGAAAUCAGCAACCUGGCGCAUACCCUGAUAUUGACUUCCUUGUGUCAGGGCAUGAAGCUCUUUAGUUGCAAAGUAGAAGUGGAAGGAAAGAACAAUCCCUUGCCAGGAGCAGCCUUAACAUAUCUUAGCACUCUGUGAACAGUAGAUAGGUGAGCUUUUUGGGCUUAUCCAAGUAAUCGAGAAAGCUUUUGCAUAGCAUAAGACAAAUCAGGUCUUGUAGUGCAGAGAUAGAGAAGCUUCCCAACUAACUUCUUGUAAGUGAUGCUAUCAGAUAGUAAAGGACUAUAGCUUGGCAGUAGAAACAAUAGGAGUAAGAGUUGGCUUGGGAUUGAGAAAUCUAAAAUCUGUCAAUAAGUCCAAAGCAUAUUUUUAAUUGAUAAAGAUUAAUGCCUCCUAAGGAUCUUGCAAUGUCAAGUCCUAGAAAGAAUUUAAACUUGCCUAGAUCUUUAAUGCUACAAGUAUCAUAAGAAUUUAAACUUGCCUAGAUCUUUAAUGCUACAAGUAUCAUGCAGAAAGGACUUAAUAUGAGAGUGAAUCAAUGACCAAAAUCAAAUCAACAUAAAUUAAUAGGACUAUAAACGAUGUAGAUUUGGUUUGAGGAACAAAGAUGGAUCAAAUGAGGCAGGAUGAAAGCUAAGCUGCAAUAAGGCAGUAGUGAGUUUGGCAUUCCAUUAUAUGCUUGCUUGUUUCAGGCGAGAGAGGGACUUCUUUAAUUUGCACAUUUUAGAGAGAUCAUCAACAGUAAAGCUGGAAGGAACAAUCAUGUAAAUCUCUUCAUUUAAAUCACCAUGUAAAAAGCAUUAUUUAUGUCAAGCUGGUAAAGGUGCCAAUGCUUGAAAGAAGCUAAUGCAAGAAGUAUUUUAAUAGUGGUCGUCUUUGCAAAGGAACAAAAGUUUCUAGAUAAUCCAAACCUAGUUGCUAUGUAAAACCCUUAGCAACUAACCUUGUUUUUCAACUUUCAACAUUGAGAUCUGCUUGUAUUUAAAUUUUGUAUAUCCACUUGUAACCAAUUGCUUAUUUCGAUGGAGGUAACUCAAUCAUUUUUCAUGUACUAUUAUUUUUCAAUGCUUGUAACCGGACUUUCAUUGCAUCUUGUCAGCAUUGAUGCUUGAUAGUGAUAACUCGGUCAACAAGAUGAGCUAUCAAUAAGAUCUUCAAGGACUAAUCCGGUCUCCCGAGUAUCUGCAAAGAUGGUUAGAAAGCGCCAAU